AUGUCGGCCGCGGCCGCUAAUUUGGCAGCCAAUCGUGCAGCAACACCAUCCCAAGGACAAAAGCGUGAUGCAUCCGAGGAAGGCUCUGUCGCCGGGUCCACGAGGAAGAAGCAGAAGAUGUCACACUAUCAGUCCCCAUUCGACGUUGUUGACGACCCCAGAAGUGAUCUGGUGAUCCAAGUUGGGACCGGUGAAGACAUUGGUUUGGUCCGUGUGCUCAAGAUGUUUCUUAUCGUGUCGUCGCCGGUCUUCAAGUCAAUGCUGGCUGGGGAGUUCAAGGAGGCUGGAAAGGUCUACGAUGAGAGCAAUCCGCUGGUCCUCGACGAUGAUCGUACGGCAUUUAUCGAUUUCUGCGUCAUGAUCCACAACCAGUCCAAGGGCGACAAGCAAGUACCACUGUCCCGCGCGGCGGGCGUCGCGGUCAUCUUCGACAAAUACUGCUGCACCGAGCUUCUACUGCAAAACGUCUCCUGGCCUCUUCGAGAGUACUUCGGUCCUUCUGUCAACAAGACUUAUCUGGAUGAACUCAGAGGUAUCGGUCUGCGCGUAGAAGAUGUGAUGUGCAUCAGCUAUGUCGCAGGAGACGCGAAGCUUUUCCAUCGUUGCACGAAGCUCAUGGCUUCUAAAAUCACGCCGGGCCGCGGUUACAAGCAAAUGAAGACUGACAAGGCUUUGCUGGCGCUUAUGCCUGACACAAUUCUUGAAGCCAUGCAAGCCAUAAGAAGUCGUGAUCUGGACACGAUUGAUCAGCUGACAUACGUGCCUAUACACGAGAUUCAGCUGGAAUGGCUGCACGGGGAAGAAUGUGACUUGGCGAAAGAGUCAAUCUGUAACUACACACUGGGUCUGGCAAAAAUCAAGGGCAGCCAUUUCCGAAUGGCAGCGAGCAGCCUCUCUGUAGAUGCAGCUGUGAGCGCGAUUGCUGAACUCUGCAAUGAGAUGAAAAAGUUGGUAUCCGAGGAAUGCGUCGACACCGACUGCAAUUCCAGCUGCGCGACACCAUGGGCAAAUUUCGACGAGAGCACCGCAGCAAAGGCUCAGGAAUCUUAUGUGGGUCUGUGCUUGACGUGCAUCAAGGCGGGAGUUACAUCGGCAGACGUCUGUCAGCACGACUCUGAGCAAUGA